AUGUUUGUUUCCGUAGUAGAUACCAAAUUAUUUAUGACAGCCCAAAUCUUCUUUUAUACUGGCCUUAACGUUUUAGCCGAUGAUGGCGAAGCAAAGCAAGUUUCAACAGGAGCUACUCUCACUCGUAAUAAUUUAGUAACUAUUUGCAAUUGUCCUCCAGCACCAUCUGGUAGACCAGGUACUGAUGGAGUUCCUGGCUUACCAGGAAUAUCAGGUCAAAAAGGCCAAAAAGGCAUUAAAGGUCAACAAGGUGCACCAGGUACUCAAGGCUCAAGCGGAAUAAAAGGUGACUCGGGAGAUCAUGGGAUUUUGGGACCAAUUGGAGAGCAAGGGCCGAAAGGUUUACUUGGUCCUGCUGGCGCGGUGGGAGUGAGUGGCCCAAUAGGAGACUUUGGUGAUGUGGGUGCUACAGGGGAUCCUGGUGCAAUGGGUGAAGUUGGAUCCCCAGGUCCACCAGGUAUACCAGGUUUGCAAGGUCAACAUGGUACUAAUCAACAAGAUUCAGGUUAA